CUAAAAUUGGUCUUGAAUUGUCUCGUGUCUCGCUGCUCUGUGUAUUCUCACAGUUGGACCCUCCAGAUUGCCGACUGCUGCAUUUGAAAUCUGCCUCUCUGACGUUCCUCAACCACGAGGUGUGGACGGCUUCUUCCGCCCAGCAGGGAAGAUACCUGCAUAUCCUGAAGGACAUCGUGGAGAAGAUGUCCACUGGAGUACUCAGACCUCAGCCUGAGGAGGCCGUCCCUCUCUACGAAGCCACGGUUACCAUGGAGACCGUCCAGCGCCACCAGAAGAAAAAGGCCGUUGUUCAACUCUGACCAAAUUCAUGUAAAAUGUACAUGCGCUAAAACUCACAGGAAUCACUUCACAUCUGCAGUUUCAUCAGCUGUUUGUCAUGUAAUGUACAACUUUCAUACUAAAUAAACCAACGGCAAGUCUCACAAUA